AUGCGAGGCAUACAAGCCAUCAGCAAACCCGACGAGAGAUCUGCUAAUCAUUUAACCCUGCUUGCCUCUGCUGGGGCCAACUGGGUAACAGGUGGUCUCAUCGCUGGCGGCCUCAUUGGCCAAAUCGGGGGAGCGGUUCAGGGCUGGCCGAUGAUUGUCGCUUCGAGGGAAGCCGACGUGCAAAUGAUUACGCUUCUUGGUGCAGGCGCUUUCACCCUCGUUCUAGUCGCAGCCAUGAUAAUCAUGUUCGCUCUAAGAAGGCCCGAUGACGACGAGUCGUUGUAUGACGACGAUUAUGAUUCCGAGUAUUAA